UGGGUGUGUCCCUCUAAAAGCAGCAGGUACUGUCGCAUUCUCGUCUCUGUCUCUGCUGGAAACACUUGAACCGUCCGGAAUGGAUCUGUUCGCCUUUAAGACGCUUCUGGUUCUGCUCUCUUUUAUCGGAUGCUGUGCAGGGAACGUCCUGCCGCCGGGUCCGGUGGAUGCAAAAUUGGGGACAAAUGUAACUUUGAAGACACUCAUUGACAAAGCAGACUUUACCGUUAUAAUCUGGACUUUCAAAACCGACGGCGAACCGAUUCCUGUUGCUACCCAAAGCGCAGGAGGAUUGCAGGUGAAUGAGCCUUACAUAGGAAGAGUGUCGGUUAACAAGACCAACGGCUACUUGACGCUGGGAUCCCUGACGACUGAGGACAGCGGGGUUUACACCAUCACCACAGUAUCAGCUGAUACCAAAACCGGGGAUAUAGAACUCCGUGUUCUAGUGCCGGUGUCUGAUGUGACCAUCACCUCCAAUGUGCCUGAGGCAGUCGAGCACAACAGCACUGUGGUUCUGACCUGCAAGGCUAAAGGCUCCUUCCUCAAGUUCACCUGGCUCAAAGGCACCACGGCCAUCGUGCCUGAUGGCAAACACUUCGCAGAGGAAUCUGACGAAACAUCCAGUGUCCUGACCAUAAAUCAUGUUCUCAGGACGGACCUGGUUGGUUCCAUCUACUGCAGCGUUGCUAACAGUCUGGAGACAGAGAAGAGCGCCCCCUUCAACCUCACUGUCCACUAUGGACCAGAUGAAGUCACCAUCACGCCUCUGGCGCCUCCCAAGGUUAUCAGAGCCAAAUCCAACUUCAACCUGACCUGUUCAGCUCGCUCAAAUCCACCUGCCACCUUUACCUGGUACCACGGCGAGCAGAUGAUGGAGAACUCAGGUCCCGUCCUGACCCUUGAAGUGAUUGAAAAACACAGGUUAGGGGCGAAAGAGGAAGCAUACUCCUGCAGGGCCUCAAAUGCCAAGACCCAACGCACUGUCCCAUCUCCUGCCGUGUCCUUUGCUGUGAUGGAGGCCAUCUCAGGUGCUAAAGUCAGUGGUCCAACUGGUACCCUCAUCGCCGGCAAUAGCACAGCCAACCUCAGCUGCCAGGCCACGGCCGGGACCGUGAAGACCAUAAGUUGGUUAAAAGACGGCAAAGCCCUGUCUGCUGGCGGCCGCCAUGUGUUCGCCACCGACAUGAGCUCCAUGAUGAUCAACCUGCUGCAGAAGGAGGACAACGGAGAGUACACGUGCCAGCUCACUAACCCCGUCAACACAGACAAAGCCACCUACAAGAUGGUGGUCAACUACGGUCCUGAAGGAGUGAAGGUGGACGGUCCAGAGGCUGUAGAGAUGAAUGACAUAGUGGAGCUUAUUUGUUCUGCUGCCUCUGUACCCCCUGCCAACUUCACCUGGAAGUUUAACGGCACAAUGACCGCUGUCAAAACAGCCAAGUACAGCAUUGACAUGGCUCGUUACAAAAACAGCGGAACAUACAUGUGCGAGGCGCACAACGAUGUCACUGACAAGACCGCCACGCACACCCACACCCUGUCCGUCAAAGAGGAAGGAGCGUUGGAUGAAGGUCUCUCAGACGGAGCCAUUGCUGGGAUUGUCAUCGCCAUUCUCGUCGCUCUUGGUGCUGCCAUCGCCUUAAUCGUGUACUGCAGACAGAAAGUACCGGUCGAGUCACCGUACUGAAGAAGUUCCCGCACAUUGCUGCAUCUGACCGUUUUGUUUCCCAUGAUCCAUGUGUGCAGCCGGGGAGGAGCGUCCAGUUGGAUCCAGCUAGUUUCCAGUGAAGCCCUUACUAAACCAGAUUUCCCAUCACCCCCUCUUUUCUCUCUCCCUGGAUGAGGACAAUGGAAACUUGAUUUGACCCAAACAAUGGAUGCUAUCAGUUUGGAUUUUUAGCUGGACUCUUCACUGUUUGUUCCCAUCUAAAUUUUUAAACAUUUUUGAGUUGUUUUUUUCACCAUCACCAUAAAGUCAUCCACCAUCAGUGGAUCAUCACCUCCUUCUCUCCUUCUCCUCCACCUGGUGUUAACAAACGUCAUCCUUCACCUUUUGUCUCGUUCGCCGCUUCCUAUAGGAAACUAAAAACACAGAGGAACUCUGUGUGACGGAGACGUUUCCUGGACUGAAGCUGAUGGACUGGCGGUUACAAUGAGUGACUCUUUAUCCUGCUGGAAACCUGAGGAGGAAACACACACACAUGCUGGCCACACACGUAGACAUUUAGGAUUCUGGUUUAAAAUAAUAUCUGAAAAUACGUUUUUGUGGUUUGAUUUAUGUCACUCUCUGCGCCAGGUGGGUGGAGUUUAGCUGAUGGGGGUCGCUUCAAGUGCAGCGAAGGAGUUAAGUUUUAGAUGCUCCUCUGCAGUUGACAGCGUUACUGGAGGACAGUUUGAUCCAAAAUACCUCAGUUUCUCUGGUGCUCACUAUUUUGAGAAAGCUUUCAAACACACCUGUUGAGCCCACUUUGUAACAAACAUGCCGCCAGUUGAGUUUUUUUUUUCUUUACUGAGGUUAGUACAAAACUUUAUUAGCAAUAUUGUCCCUCUCUGCGGCUGCUUUCCUUCAUUUUUUAGUUUUCGUUCAACACAACAUAGACGUUCGCCACUACUGAGCUUAAAGCUGAAAACAUCUUUGACACCUGGAGCACUGAAAUAGAGCGGUGGUUUAGUUUUUAACCAGAAUGUAUCUUAGGAAUAACCAUAUUUGUUUUUACAGCCUACCUGCAAGCCAAUUAGAAACAAGUACAAUAUAUAUUUUUAAAGUUUUUAUUGUCAUUUUUAACUGGGCCGUUGGUGUUCCUGAAGGAGUAUUCCUUUCCUUUAAAAGAAGUGUUUUAGAACAUGCAAACACUAACAGCACAAAAUAGAUCCAUUAUUGAUGUCACUUUUCUUCAAAAUAUGCUUAUUUUAUGCGUUUCUAUGAAAAAAAUCAUAUAUUUUUUUUAACUUUCAAAUAUUGAUUUCAGCUUCAGAAAUCCAAUAUCAGUCAGGCUCUAGGGUCUGUACACAUGAAAAGAUAAAAUAGAAAUAGAUACCCAAACUCUCAACUACUCUCCUUCCAUAAUCUUUGCUGUGAUUCUGGAUUGCUUGCUCUACCUUCAUCCUCCCUCUGUUUGGUCCAGGAUCCUCUUUAGUGUUUGUUUAAGUGAUCGUUUGCAUCUUCUGUGGAAAAGCAUGAGAGUAGAAAGAGGAGGAGGUUCAUGUUUAAGGUGGCACAGACAAGAUUCAACACGCAGGGAUGGGUCAGGGUGGUGAAGGGCGAGAAGAAAGAAAACGGAAGAGGAAAAAAAGGGCGGGAAGGUGUUUGUCAGCGGCAACAUACUUUGAGUUUUAGAGGGAAAGUUUUGGUGAGCUUCAGGGCGGUGCUACUGAAUUUUUUUUAAACAGUCUUUACCACAAUUGGAUCGAAGUUGUUUUAAACUAAAUUAUAGUAUUCGCAGGUUAAUGACACAUCUGGCUUUCAUCUGAAAUGUUAAAGAAAAGAAACCACUUUUUGUGUUAUUUGAAGCUUUUUCACAAGAUCACACUCCAUUUCUUGAGUAUUUUGUCAUCAAACCUCAGAUGAUUUCUCCUGCGCUUUGAGCUGAUGGAUGAUUAUUUUUGUUCCGUUUGUGUGGUUAGUGGUUGUGUGUGAUCUCAGACUUCAACAUGCACUGAUCUCCGGUGAGAUAAGUAUUUAUUUUGUUUAGAAAAAAAAACCUUAGUAACUGGAGCUGAAGAUCAUAGCUGGUCUGCAGAACACACAUUCAAAAUCGCAUUCCCUUUUUAGGUGAUUUUUCAGUUUGUGCAGUCGAAGAUGCUCAAAUUGACUAUUAAAAAGUUUUAAAAACAAGGUGUCAUUUUCAAUAUAUUUAUGUGUCCAGUUUGGGAUAACACAGAGCACAGAAUGUAUUAAUAACAACAUACAUAGAUACAUUUUGUUGUCCUUAACAAGUCACAUUUAUAUGUUGAAAAUGACACAAGUAGCCUUAAAGAGAAACUGCCCUCACUGUAAAUAAUAGAGAUAGAUACACUGUAAACAAUUUGUGACGUUUUUGGAAAUAUAUGUGGGGUUUUUAUUUCUUAUCAUGAUUCAUUUGUUAAAAAAGUUUUGUUUUUGUUCUGUCAUUUUGUUAAUGUUUACAGAAACUGUCUCGCCUCUGUGAAAUUCCUGUAAAAAUCUUAAAAGAUAAAAUAAAUGUCCCCAAGGUGAAA